AUGGCCCACUCCGAGUAUACAGCGACGACGGCUUACACUCGAAAGUUCCACUGGCCAGAGAUACAGCUGAACAUAUGGAUCCUCAUUGUGCUCACCGGGUCGGCAACAUGCCUUGGGAUAUUCAGCUGGUUUAUGGUCGUGCAGGCACAGAUGGAGCUGGUUGCGCCAUGGGUCUUCCCAUUCAUGGUUGCAAUAUCGGCUCUGGCAAUCAUCUUCAUCGGUCUAAUACUCGUACUCGCGUUCCAGGCUAAAUUAAUACCCGAAAUAAUAAUCCUUGGAUCGUUUGUCAACUUUGUGCUAUGGCUGACAGGCCUAAUCGGUACCUCGAUCCAGCUUUACGGCUCCAUCGCGAAUGUCAACUCUAAUUGCCAGAAUUACGUUGAAGCAAUGGAGUUCCGGGGAGCCAGUAUCAACACCUUGGCAUGGCUAACCCAGAUAAAUAUCUGCAAUUGCUGGAAGGCGGCCUUUUCGUUCCAGCUUGUCAACACAGUAUUUUUCAUCUGGAUGCUCUUCAUGGCUCUCCAAGUCCGCCGAGGCGAAUUCUGA